UUCACAGCUCCACACGCUGGAUACAACGAUGAUUGGACGCGUUCAGCAGAACAAACCGCUUAGUAGCAAUACAUUGUGAUUGGCUCUUACUUUUAGAGCCAACAAAUCAACGUCGAGUGUUGACAAGACGAUCUCUAUCAACACCUAUAUCUAUUGUUGCUGUACCUUAACCUAUAUCUAACCUAUUCUCUAUACACGACGAAUGCUCUCUUGCGUGUUUGGCACGUGUUCAGCAAAUGAUGAGCGGUUUUAUUUUUAUGUAGAAUCUCUCUAAUGAAAAGCGUACGACUAAGAAAUUCUGAUAAAUAUGAGCAAACCGGAGGAAGGAAAAGUAAAUCAUGAAAAUGACUGGAUGGUUAGACCAUGUAUGAUAUACAAAGCCGAGUACGACGAUUGUACCAGUAUAAGAGCUCGUUUCAAUCAAUAUUUUAUAUUUGGCGAAAUGCUCGAUUGCAGUCAAUGGAAGACCGAUUAUCGCAACUGUUAUGAAUGGGAAAAAAAUAAAUCGGAAGAAGCAUACAACGAGCUGAUCGCGAGCGAGAAGCAGCGUAGGAAAGAGCGUUUACGUCCGCAUUAUCAGAACGAUGUCUGGGAGAGAAGGGAGAAACCACCGGAGAACUGGAACGCUCCUCUACCUGAGUGGAUGCAGAAGAAGUUUGAAAACUCGUACCUGCAUCUAAGAAAUCAAGAGAUGAAAGAGGGCAAGGAAAUUUCCCAGCUCAAUUCGAGAUGCACUAUAUUAUAACGAUAAGAUAUUCGAUUUGAUCUUUAAGAUUAAGUAGCGUGUACAUAUAUGUACAUAUGUAUUUAUUACAUAAACCCAAUUACAUGUAUGCAAUGAUAUAUGUAUAUGUGUAUAUUGAGUUUUUCAGUGUUCUCAUAAGAACUAUCGUUGAUGUUACGUUGGAGUUAACUUUAUCAAGAGAUGUGCAACCGAAAGAAGAAUGAGAACAAUACUGAAAAGAAACGAUUGCAAAAGCACCUUCGCGUAUGUCAAAAUGUUGAAUUAUUUUAUCGCCUCAAGGAAUGGAAGACGGAAAAUUGAUAUAAAUUCUCAUAUCAUUUU